CCCGAUAGAACGAAGGCACAGAUUGGAGCAGAAGACGGAGUUUGUUGAGGGGGUUAGGGUUUCGAGCUUCUCGAGAUCCCGUGCAAGUUUCUCCGUCUCGCACGAUCCGGCUCCGUGUCUCCCUAUUCCCAUUCCGUGCACUGACUCAUUCUCUUGCAGCAGCUUCCUUCUCUUUGUGUCUUUUUUGUACGGUAGUUUUGUUUCGCGGAGUUUACGCAUUCAUUGCCCUUCGCAGUGAUCAGAGCAGAGAUCAGAAUAGAGAUCGGAGCACCUCGCAAGCUUCUCUACAAUGUCAGGCCCCGCAGGACCGAAAGCGAAGAGCAAGACGGAGAUGUACGUUGACACGAAGCGGAAAGACGACAUUCGCCAUGCCAACAUAGUGGCCGCGAAGGCCGUCGCUGAUGCUGUGCGCACCAGUUUGGGACCCAGGGGGAUGGACAAAAUGCUGUCAACUGCCACCGGGGACGUGAUCAUCACCAAUGACGGUGCCACCAUUCUCGACAAGAUGGAAGUCGUUCAGCCUGCUGCCAAAAUGCUGGUAGAGCUAUCGAAGUCACAAGAUAUUGUCGCUGGGGACGGGACUACUACAGUUGUCGUAUUAGCAGGAGCGUUGUUGAAACAGUGUCUGAACCUUUUGAGCAAAGGCGUACAUCCCACCACAAUCUCCGAGUCGCUUCACAAGGCGUCCGAGAAAGCUGUUGAGGUCGUCAAAUCUAUGGCCGUACCAGUGGAACUCUCCGAUCAGGAUCAACUUGUUAAAAUUGCAAGCACUUCUCUAAACAGCAAGGUUGUGAGUCAAUAUUCAUCAUUGCUCGCUCCAUUGGCAGUCGAAGCGGUGCUUAAUGUGCGUGAUCUGGAUCGACCUGAUAGCGUAGACCUUCGAGACAUUAAGGUUUUGAGAAAGCUGGGGGGAACGGUUGACGAUACAGAGUUGGUAAAAGGUCUUGUAUUCGACCACAAAGCAAGUCAUACAGCCGGUGGACCAACACGCGUAGAAAAUGCAAUGAUUGGUUUGAUUCAGUUUCAGAUUUCUCCUCCAAAAACUGAUAUUGAGCAGAGUGUUAUUGUUUCUGAUUAUACUCAAAUGGACAGGAUUCUAAAGGAGGAGAGGAAUUAUAUAUUAGGAAUGAUUAAGAAGAUCCGGGCAACAGGCUGCAAUGUUUUAUUAGUACAAAAGAGCAUUUUGCGGGAUGCUGUUACAGAUCUAUCAUUACAUUACCUUGCUAAGGCAAAGAUCCUGGUGAUUAAAGAUGUAGAGCGAGAGGACAUCGAAUUCAUUAGCAAAACAUUGAAUUGUCUUCCAAUUGCGAACAUUGAACACUUCCGUGCUGAAAAGCUUGGACAUGCCGACUUGGUUGAGGAGGUGUCUGUCGGCAGUGGCCGGGUUGUGAAGGUGACUGGGAUUAAGAAUAUGGGACGCACGAUCUCACUUAUAGUCCGAGGCUCGAAUGUCCUGGUGCUUGAUGAGGCUGCCCGGAGCUUGCAUGACGCACUAUGUGUUGUCAGGUGUCUUGUUAAUCAGCGGUAUCUUAUUGCAGGUGGUGGUGCUCCUGAGAUCGAGGUUUCUAGGCAAUUGGGUAUAUGGUCUAGAUCAUUGCUCGGCAUGGAAAGCUAUUGUGUGCGAUCGUUUGCUGAUGCGAUGGAGGUGAUUCCCUUCACACUUGCUGAGAACGCUGGUCUAAACCCAAUAGCAAUCGUUACAGAACUACGUAACCGGCAUGCGAAUGGCGAGGCAAACACUGGCAUCAAUGUGCGCAAGGGACAAAUUACUAACAUCUUGGAAGAGAAUGUAGUUCAGCCACUGCUAGUAAGCACCAGCGCAAUAUCGCUAGCCACUGAAUGCGUACGCAUGAUUUUGAAGAUCGACGAUAUUGUGUCCACUCGAUAGUUUUGGACAGCCGUUGUAGUCAAUUGAUACUGGCUGGUUCCAUUUAUUAGGAAAAAUAUAAAGUCAGUGAUAAGCACGGUUUGUGCUACAGAUGGUGAGAGCCAUUAUUGGUUUUGAACGUCUUUUUUAAGGUUUAGUAUGUGCUAGAAGAGGAUACCAAGGGAGUCGAGAGCUGUUAAUGCCACUUAAGUCUGUACUUGAAAACGGAUAUUACGCUUCACCAGUUGCAGUUUUAUAUUACCUCUGCUGAUGGAAUAGGCACCAUUCAUUGAAUUAUUAGGUAGAACAUGUGACCUCCAUCCCAAAGCGAUUGGAAUCUUGGCGACUUUUUAAAUGUAUCCAUUCUGAUCACACAGUGAAGCGAAACUAAGUUCAUUGUCAGGCUCUGUUUAAUUGCA